CCUGCACCAUCCAAAAUCGGAAGCCCCCCGCCGGAUAGAGUGUGAGAUAUGAGGCGGCGGAAGGCGACGACGGGCCGGCGAACCGCCGCGUCACCUGGCCGGGAGCGCCCCCUCGACUCGCUCGGCCUCGAACCGGUUCCCUCUUCCUCCUCCGCCGCCUCCCGCCGCUCCUCCCGGGUCUCUGCCUCCCUCCUCUUCGAUGGCCACGCCGGGUUCCCGGCGGAGGAGGCCGGGCCAGACUUCACGUCGGAGCUCCAGGACGGCGGACGGUGGUCGAGCCUAGCGGAGCCCAGGACCUUUCCCCACAGCGUGAAGCAGCAGUGCUGGGACAAGGCGGAGAAGGUGAAGGGCCGCGACCCCGACCGGUGGCGCCGCGACCCCCUCGGCAACGUUGUCUUCCGGAAGCUCGUCGGCUGCCCCGGCUGCCUCUGCCACGACUAUGAUCACGUACUCCCCUACUCCAAGGGCGGGAAGAGCACCUUGGAGAAUUGUCAAGUUUUGCAGGCAACUGUUAAUCGAUCUAAGGGAAAUAAGACAGAGAUAUCCAAAUCCGACCUCAUACAAAAGAGCGCAUAUUGUAGGGUUUCAGCUUCUAACAACCACAGGACGAGAUAUGGAUCUUAUAGAACUCUCCGCAUAUGGUAAUGUCCGUCGUGCAUCAGACUCAGGGGGUUGCAACAUCCAAUGACAAAAACAGCAGUAUCUGAAAAGUGCCGAACAAUAGUAUAAAACAACCAUGUGAUCCAUGGAAUUUGUAGCCCUAAUAACGUAUUUACUUAUGUAAUUGGAAAAUCUUAUGUUUGGUGUCUCUAAAAUGUGCAAUUUUUAGUGCCAAAAUAUUUUAUAUGUAAAAUCUGUCCUUGGGAUUAGACCGUAAUCCAACUGAUUUAUGUUAUAAGCUAGUGUUUUAUUUUUUUUGUU